AUGAUCGUCAUGCUGGUCCCUGAUACUUUACGCUUUUAUAAGAGAUACUUCGUGUAAAAUUAUAUAAAAUGACAAUAUUGGGCUUCCUUUGGUAGCAUGCUACAAAGGGCUUGAGUCGAGCGAUGAUUAAUAUAAAACAGAAGAGAUCAUGGGUAAUAAUAUCAUUACAUGUAAUACUUUCAGAUUGCAUUCUGUAUUGAUCCUAGCUGUGUCUUUAGUGUUUUGUUCCGUAUUACUAUCCACAAUGGCACAAGCUGACCUCAUCAAGGCUUCUACCAACAAGUUUUCGUUGCACUUGCAUCAAGUUCUUCGAGGACAAGCAACUUUUGAUGCAGAACAGAAUCUGUUUUAUUCUCCUUCGAGUAUUUUGGUUGCACUGGCCAUGACACACCUUGGAGCUCGUGGAAACACAGCCAAGCAAAUGAGCAGCUCAUUCCACCUCGAUGAGAUCCCGGAAAAACAACUGAAUGCAGAAUUUCAGAAGUUUCUUCAAAAGUUAAACCAGAGCAACGCGAAAGGCAACGAAAUAGCAAUGGCGAACCGAUUGUUUGUUCAGAUGGGCUUCGAAGUUUCCAAGCAGUUUCAAGAAGAUAGUGAAAAGUUCUUCAACGCGGAGGCGGCUUUGGUUGAUUAUCAGAAGAACAGCGAAGGAGCAAGACAAGAAGUGAACCAAUGGGUAGAACAAAAGACGAAAAAUAAAAUAAAGGAUCUGAUUCCUGAAGGGAUGUUUGGUCCAGACACACGUCUCACACUUGUCAAUGCUAUUUACUUCAAGGGAUCUUGGAUGUCAAAGUUUGAUUCAAAUAAUACCCAAACAGGUCCAUUCCAGCUGACUCCAUCCAAAACGGUUCAAGUUCCCAUGAUGUAUAAGUCCGAUAAGUUUAAAUACUUCGAGAACGAGGGCCUUAAGUGCAAGAUGUUAGAGCUGCCUUAUUCAGAUGAGAAGAUAUCCAUGAUCAUUCUUCUCCCUGAUGAAGUUGAUGGUCUGAGCAAGCUAGAAGACUCUCUCAACUAUAGCAAACUGGAUGAAGCCAUUGGUCAUCUGAAGAUGGCUCCCAAGGAAGAAGUUGAAGUCACCUUACCUAAGUUCAAACUGAGUGAAAAGUUUUCCCUGAAGGAGGUGUUGAGUAAGAUGGGAGCAAGUGACCUAUUCAAUGCAGCCAAGGCAGACCUGACUGGGAUAAAUAAAGAUGGACAGCUGUAUGUUUCUGAGGUUGUACACAAAGCUUUUGUAGAUGUGAACGAAGAGGGAACAGAGGCUGCUGCUGCAACUGCUGUCAGAGUUGCUUUAAUGUGUAUGCCGAUGAAUCCCAUAUUUUUUGCCAACCAUCCUUUCCUAUUUCUCAUUCGCCACAAUGAAAGUGGUGCGAUUCUAUUCAUAGGUCGCUUGGCUAACCCAAAGUGAGCAAAGCCAUGUGAACUAAGUUGUGUGCCCUGGUAAGCACAUAAAUCUGGAGCUUUCUUAUCAAGUAGGGUGAAAAUAGAAUUAUAAUAUUGCUGAAAAAGAAUUCAUACGCAAAGAGCUUUUAAAGCCAAUAUCAAAAUAUAAUUUAGAAAUAUAUUGAGCUUUGUAAAAGAAUUUUCUGUAAAAAAAAAUUGUGAUAAUAUAAUGACUUCAAUUUUGUUAUGAAGUUUUAAAAAAAAUUAGUUAUUAGAUUAGGAUCCUUAAGGGCCACUGUUCAUCGACGUUGGUAACCAAAACUCAGCAAAGGAAUUUAACAUAUUAAAUAUUGAUUAAUUGAGGAUUGGAGAGUGAUGAUGCAGUGCAGGUUUUUAAAGUAAAGGUUUGAGUCUGUAAUUUUUUUCA